AUGGGGAAGAAGUCCAGACGCCAGGGACCCGUCAAACCAGCGGGAUCCCAGGACAUUGGUGAUCUCCUACUCCGGCCUUCCAGGGCCUCAGGCACGGCCGCACCUAAAGAAAAUGGCGACUCGCUUUCAGCCUCCUCUGAAGAACGGGCUAUGGACGAGCUGGACGAGAUCCCAGCCGCAGGGGGGCUCCAUUACACAUCCUCCGAUGAGGAUAAUGAAUUGCCAGCUACCAAGGCCAACAUUAAGGCGCUCCUCCGCAACAUCCGAGGGCUAUUUGCGGCAGAUAUCGCCGUAGUGCGAGAAGACAUGCACAAAAUGGAGGGACGUGUUACUGCAGUCGAAAUUGAGGCACAGGGACUCUCCUCCAGAUGCCAAACAACAGAGACCCUGACAGCAGAGCUCCAUAA